AUGACGUCGGGGACGAGAAUGCCGACGUGGAGGGAGAGAGAGAACAACAAGAGGAGAGAGAGACGACGGAGAGCAAUCGCGGCGAAGAUCUUCACCGGAUUGAGACUGUACGGUAACUACGAGCUGCCCAAGCACUGUGACAACAACGAGGUCCUGAAAGCACUCUGCAACGAAGCCGGCUGGAUCGUCGAACUCGAUGGCACCACUUACCGCAAGGGAUGUAGUAGACCUAUAGAACGUAUGGAGAUAGGUGGUGGCUCAGCAACAGCGAGCCCAUGCUCUUCUUAUCAGCCAAGUCCAUGCGCUUCUUCUUACAAUCCAAGUCCAGGCUCAUCCAACUUCAUGAGCCCAUCUUCGUCUUCUUUCGCUAACCUCACCUCCGGAGACGGCCAAUCACUCAUCCCCUGGCUUAAACACCUCUCAACAACAUCGUCAUCCUCAGCUUCUUCAUCGUCAAGACUUCCUAAUUACCUCUACGGCUCUAUAAGCGCUCCUGUAACACCUCCUUUAAGCUCUCCGACAGCUCGUACACCGAGGAUGAACAGCGAUUGGCAACAACUCAACAACUCUUUCUUUGUCUCUUCAACACCGCCUAGUCCCACGAGACAGAGUAACAUCCCUGACUCUGAAUGGUUCUCCGGGAUCCAGCUGGCGCAAAGCGUUCCAGCUUCACCGACGUUUAGCCUCGUCUCGCAAAACCCGUUUGGAAUCAAAGAAUGUGGAGACGGGUCGAGAAUGUGGACGCCGGGUCAGAGCGGGACUUGCUCACCGGCGAUUCCUUCUGGUGCUGAUGUUCCAAUGUCGGAAGCUGUUGCUGCUCCUCCAGAGUUUGCGUUUGGGAGUAACACAAACGGGUUGGUGAAGGCGUGGGAAGGAGAGAGGAUACAUGAGGAGAGUGGUUCGGAUGAUCUUGAACUCACUCUUGGAAACUCAAGCACAAGGUAA